UGAACUUUCAAUAUCAGAUUCAACUAUUUGACUUUCAUCAACCACGACCUGCAAGAAUACCUGAAUUUCGAUUUCGAUAAAUCAACUAAUAUUAAACAAUAUGUGGCUUCUCGAUUGGUGUAUGUAGCGCUCUUGGAAAGAAUUGGAGAUGAAGUGGUUCACAACAUGACAGCUUGCUGAUAUUAUUUCCUCAAAUAGUUUGGGAUACUCUUGCGUCCUUGGGACUCCUGAAUAAGCAUGCAAAACUUUUGUUCCUCGGUCUUGAUAAUGCCGGAAAGACAACACUGUUACAUAUGUUGAAGGUGCGUUGAAGAAAUUAGCCUAGGAGGAUGCUGGACUUAAGACGAGCCACAACUUGCUUCUCGUAUCCGGGAUAAGACAAUUGCUGACAAAAAUUUCUUCCAGAACGACCGAGUUGCCAUUCUUCAACCUACUCUUCAUCCUAGUAAGGAACUCUAAGUCACGCACAUUGGCGCAAAGCACACGUAGUCAUCAGUCACUGACCAUGCGACAGCAUCUGAGGAACUUGCUAUCGGCAAUGUCAAGUUCACAACUUUCGAUUUGGGAGGACAUCAACAGGGUAUUUGUUCUUACAAUGCUGAAAUGGUGACAUCAAGCUAAUGCGUAUGUAGCUCGUCGUCUCUGGAAGGAUUACUUCCCAGAAGUCUCCGGUAUCGUCUUCUUAGUCGACUCAAAAGAUCAUGAACGUUUUGUCGAAUCGAAAGCCGAGCUCGAUGCCCUCUUGUCAAUGGAGGACCUUUCUAAAGUACCUUUCCUUAUCCUCGGAAACAAAAUUGAUCACCCAGAUGCUAUCAGCGAGGAUCAAUUAAGACACGAGUUGGGAUUAUAUCAAACUACUGGAAAGGGCAAGGUUCCUCUUGAGGGUAUCAGACCCAUUGAGGUAUUCAUGUGCUCUGUGGUUAUGAGACAAGGUGCGUCCUUUGUUGUGCGAAAGUUACCACGGCCUAAACUAAUUCUGGAUAUAGGUUACGGUGAAGGUAUUAGAUGGUUAUCACAAUAUGUCUAAAUAAUGGAGGUGAAGUGGCAGGGAAGGAGGUAUAUGGGACGAUGGGGACGAUUUCUUAUGGAGAUCUGUUAUGAUGGACGGAGUUACGCAAAGGUCGUUUUUUUCAAUGCUUUUUUGGUAGGUUCUGGGAGCCCAUGAGAGUUUCACUUCAGGAGCCAAACCGGCCAACAUAUUUGUACCAGCAUAGUAUCGCGAUCAAGACUUUUAUCUCUCUCAAUAUAAAUGUCAUGAGUCCCGUGCAUCUG